AUUGUGGACAGCUACUGGCAACAUCGGCGAUCGUUUACCACCAGUGUCAAAGAGUUUCAUCGCUUGUUUCCCUAUAUUGAUCCCGAACAAACGCAGUUCGAAAGCUUGUUCCAUAUCAGGGAUGAGGUAGGAAAAGUUCUCCGAAUGCUUCCUAAAAAUCGUUUGGUCGAGGCAGACUUCAGUGGUAUACGUCGAUUUCAGCGGGAGCUUAUGGAAGAAAUUAUGAUAAGAAAUCGCCUUGAUGCAUGUUCGCUGUUUGCCGGUGUGAUUACGAUGUCGUUCGAUGGUUGUAUAGUUAGCUGUGAUGAUCUUGAAUCGUUGUCGUAUUGUAUGCAAAAUCUGAAAUCGCUAACUCUUCCGGAUCGUCUAAUAGAUCAUCGAAUUAACGGAGAAGAUGUUGAUGCAAAGAAAAUACAAAAUUUUCGUACGUACAAAACAAACGGCCUAAUUGGACAUCGUGGCCGAACCAUUGCGCACAUGAAAACGCUGUGGCCAUCACUGGUUCAACUAACAUUCGUCUAG